ACUGGGUGUUUGCAUAUAUGUGAAGAACUUGCUGCUUGAAGAACUUUGAUUAUUGCUGUUGAAAGCUUGCUCAUUUGUGCUUGUUUCCUCCCAUACAUGUGCAUGGAUGCUAUAGUGGUUCAAUCUUUCAAUUGUGUUCCUCCAAUAGCUAAUAAGUCUGGGUUGUGGCCAUUGAUUUAGCUGGCUCCUUGUCGCCUACUGUAGGACAGUUUUCUUCAGACAGAGAAGAAGAAGAGUCUUGGUAAAAAAUUUUGGUGGCUAGUAAAUUAAUUUUACAUCCGUCCUUCUUCCUACCACAGUAUUAAUCUAAUGGCUACUAUGAAAACACUUCCCUGCACAUUGGCCGCGGGAGGGGAUCCGAAUCCAUGUUACACUUGCUGCAAUGGUCAUCAUCCUAUGGCCGUCAUCGCCGCCUUGCCCGUCCAUUUCUUCGUCCCCAUGUUGGUUUCCUAUUCAGUCUCAAAUUUUAUUCCUUAGAGCGUCUUAUCGUCCCAAUCUACCACUGUCCUCCCUGCCUUUUAACCCUUUAAAUGCGGUUCCUCUCCAAGGAACUAACUCUUAUCUUGUUGGAUUUCCCACAUCAAGAACCAGAGCGACCCUCGACGACAGUGAUCAACUCACCUCAACCCCACUUCUUGUUGAUGAUGAGAACCCCAAACAAGAGGUGGAGGAAAGUGUGAAAGUGCUGAAAAAUGCAGCCAAGUCAAGAAAGGUAGCAGUGGAGGAGAUUCUUUCUGCCCUUUCGGUGAUUGAGAAAGCCAAACUUGAUCCUUCUGGUUUUCUUGAAACUCUCGGUGGAAACGAAUCCCCUGGGAGAAAGUGGAUGCUUAUUUUUACUGCCGAGCAACUGAAGCGGGGUCGAUAUUUUCCUUUUACAGCUGUUCAGAGGUUUGAUGCUGCCGCGAAGAGGAUUGAAAAUGGGGUAUAUCUUGGACCUAUAGGACAGCUGACAUUUGAAGGCAGAUUAUCAUGGAAAAAAAGAAUACUGAGUUUCAUAUUCGAGGACAUCCGGAUUAAAGUUGGACCUUUGAAAGCUCUGGAGAUCAGCCUGGGAAAAAAAGAUGACAGGGAACCAAGUACCAAAGAUCCUUUCUUUGUCUGGUUCUAUGUUGAUGAGGAAAUUGCUGUUGCUCGAGGCCGAAGUGGAGGAACUGCAUUUUGGUGUAGGUGUCGCCGCGUCACUACUUGAUACACGAGGCCCCAUUUAACUACGUAUUUGUUAUGUUGUGCAAUUGUUGUAUAUAAGGAAACCUUGCAUUUCAAAUAUAAAGUUUGAACCAAACUUUUUUGUAUAUUGAUUCUGAUAUUUUCACGCUGAUGGAACCUGAUUGUGGAAAACACUUCAAGCAUGUGCUGUCGGAAGAUAUUGCCAUGCUGAUAAAACAUGAUUGUGGAUAAAACUUCAAGCAUGUGCUAUCAGAAAUGUCUGAAAUUUGCAGGAUCAGAGUCAAGUUUUAUUGUCCUCCCUUUGUUAUAAUUACAUAUGGUUCUUUCUA